AAGGGCAUCUGACAUGCACAGACGAUUCCUCCUCCUCUCCUCCGCCGCUCUGGCCUCAGGCUUCAUCACCUCGCCUCUGUCCUCCCUCUCCUCCUCUUCUCCCACCAGGCUGGCUAACCAUGCAUGCAAGCCUGCUCUCCGUCCAAGCUUGACCUCCCUCCGCAUGGUGGACUGGGACUGGGACAAAAAGAGUGAGGAGGAGGAGUACGACGGGGCUGGGGCAGAUCGUGGACAGAUCAACAGGUCCGAUCAGAUCAAGUCCCGCGUGGAACAGCGACUUGCGGAAGCCAAGAAGAUUGCAGAGGAGAAAGGCAUCGCUGCUAGAAGCGGUCUCGAUACCAGUGGCAGGCUGAAGGAGGGCGACCGUGACCCUCGCUCCGGAAGGGUCAUCGUCGACCCGUUGAAGAUCCCUACGUCUGAUAUGGGUGCUCCUGGAUCAUGGGAGGAGUACAUGGCCAUGCGCAAGAAGAAGGAGGGUGUCGUGAAGGAUGCCUUCGGCAACGUGAUUGAGGACGUGAAGCCCUCGUAUUCGGUGCAGGCAGGCACCUGGGGACCACCAAAGGAAUCAGCCAAGGAUGUAGCAGCCGACGUCUUCUCUAGCGGAGGCGGCAAGGUGAUGGGCGGGCCCAUCGAAUCGGAUGCAGAGCAGGAGGAAUGGCGCAGACAGAGAGAUGAGGAGGAGAAGAAGCGCCAGGAGGAAGUGGAGGCACGCAUGCAAAUGUGGCUCAAGCAAGCGGCCGAUAAGAAGGCGCAAGGUGGAAACUGAAGCUGAUAGACUAUAGAUUUUGAGCUCCAAUUCUCUGAACUUUGUUUUGCUCGUUGUUCCCUCUUGGGAUUGGAAACUGCUGUGAAAGAAUCGAACUGUAUCCACU